ACUCCGCUCCACCGGAAGUAGCGGCAUCUUCCGCUUUUCUCUUCAGGAGACUCUUUCUCUCUCCACCGUUUGGAUUACCGGCUGGGCUCCGUGUGGCGUUGCUUUUUCUUCCUCCCUCCCCGAGGCCACCGUGGAGGUGACCAAGCUCAGCAGCCAGGAUGGGGAAAAGGCAGCACCAGAAGGACAAGAUGUACAUAACUUGUGCAGAAUACACACAUUUUUAUGGAGGAAAGAAAGCAGAAAUUCCACAGUCCAAUUUCAGACGUCUACCUUUUGAUCACUGCAGCUUAUCUUUGCAGCCAUUUGAAUAUCCUGUAUGCACACUGGAAGGCACCAUCUUUGACUUGCUGAAUAUUGUUCCCUGGAUAAAGAAGUAUGGGACGAAUCCAAGCACAGGAGAGAAGCUGGAGGCCAAAUCUCUCAUCAAACUGAACUUUGCUAAAAACAGCAAUGGUAAAUACCACUGCCCGGUUCUCUUCACCGUGUUCACCAAUAAUUCUCACAUAGUGGCUAUCAAGACAACUGGGAACGUGUUUGCUUAUGAGGCAGUUGAACAGCUGAACAUAAAAACGAAAACCUACAAAGAUCUCUUAAGUGACGAGCCCUUUACUCGGCAAGAUAUUAUCACGCUACAGGAUCCAACCAAUUUGGACAAAUUUAAUGUCUCCGGCUUUUUCCAUGUGAAGAACAACUUGAAAGUGACCGAUCCAGAUGAUGAAAAAGCAAGGUCAGACCCGUCCUACUACCUGAAAAAUGCAAAUGUCGAGACCCGGGAGACGCUGUCGGAACUUUACAAAGAAUUCAAAGGGGAUGAAGUUUUGGCGGCAACAAUGAGGGGUCCAGAGAAGAAGAAAGUCGAUAAGCUGAAUGCGGCUCACUAUUCCACAGGCAGAGUGAGUGCCUCGUUCACAUCCACCGCCAUGGCACCUGAAACGAUGCACGAAGCAGCUGCCAUUGAUGACGACACGGUGCGAUACCAGUACUUGAAGAAGAAGAAGGGCUACGUGCGACUUCACACCAACAAAGGGGAUCUCAACCUGGAAUUGCACUGCGACAUGACUCCUAAAACCUGUGAAAACUUCAUUAAACUGUGCAAGAAAAAUUACUACAACGGGACUAUUUUUCACAGAUCAAUUCGUAAUUUUGUGAUCCAAGGAGGAGAUCCAACAGGAACAGGAACAGGGGGAGAGUCAUAUUGGGGGAAGCCUUUCAAAGAUGAGUUCAAGCCCAACCUGUCCCACACAGGACGUGGCGUCCUCAGUAUGGCUAAUACCGGACCCAACAAUAACAAGUCCCAGUUCUUCAUCACAUUCCGAUCCUGUGCAUACCUGGACAGGAAACACACAGUGUUUGGAAGAGUGGUUGGUGGCUUUGAGACGCUGACAGCAAUGGAGAACGUGGAGAGUGAUCCCAAAACAGACCGUCCCAAGGAAGAAAUAAAAAUCACGUCGACGACUGUUUUUGUUGAUCCAUACGAAGAAGCAGAUGCUCAGGUUGCCAAAGAGAGAGAGAAGGCCCAGCAAGAGGAGGAAGCAGCCAAGGAGAAGACCAAAGUCGUCGUCCCAAAGAAGGAGCAGCAUAUUCCGAAGACGUACCGGGAGGGUGUCGGGAAGUACAUCAACAUAGCUGCAGCGAAGCGAGUGGCUGAAGAUGAUGGGCCGUCCACCAGCACAGCUGCAAAGAAGGAGAAGAAGAGCACAGGCUUUGGGGACUUCAGCUCCUGGUAGGGACCAAAAACCCAACCGUAACCAAGCCUGGACUCUGGACAGAGAAAGCCCAAGUUGUACAUCUUCCCUGCAGCAGGCAAAGGAACCCAAACCCAACCAGUUCAAGACAAUUUCCUAACAUGGUUUAAGUCAGAUUUCGUUGGCCUUUCUCUCUCUCUCGAGCCCUUCUCAGGAAGAACCACUUUGCUUUUUCCGUGAGCUGCUGUGCUCCCUAAUUCAAGGAGGACUCUUAAUGCUUUGUUGCUCAGCAGAUUUAUCAGCAGAACACGAGAGGAUGCUAAAAACAGAUGAAUGAGUGAGGUUCUAUUCCCGGCUUAAAUGGGUAAUUGCCAGAUUUCAGAGGAGGCGGCGAGAGCAUUAGAGCUGUGCCCUUGUUGCAGGAGACACAUAACCCUUUACGCCUUCCCAGUUUUAAUUUGUAAACACCGCCUGAGCAUCCUCCCUCCAUUUCACACCUCCCACUGCGCUGUAUGAGAGCAACCUUACUGCUGCUUAGAAGCAUCCACCCCUUCUCUCUGUGGGCUCUGGGAUCGUAACAGAGCUCCAGCUGUCCAGCGUCCUCUCUCUUAGGAAUACAGUUCCGAGCUACCAGGUUUGACGGAGGGAUCUGCAUCAGUUCGGUUCAGAACUUCUGCUUGCAGGCACAAAUCGAAGCUCCACUGUCCCCCCCCCCCUCAUUUCUGAUGUGCAGCAUGAAGAGGUUGCAGCCCAGUUAGAAAAAUGACCUCUCACUUUAAGAAGCACAGGGACCAGACUGGAGGGUUUGCUUACUCGUUUGCCCACCCUUUUUAUCAUUUGCAAAUUCCCUCCAAGUGCUUUUGACCCUUUGGGGUGACCCUUAGGAGGAGAAUCAGCUAGAAGAUGCCAUUUGGAGAGGAAUCGGUCAGCAAGGAGCAGUUUGAGCCUUCUCUCUGCUUGAAGCUAGCCCCUCCUAAACCUACUAUCCCCAUUAACAAAAAUGGCUGCCCGGCAGUCACUGUGUACAUUUCUGUGCAAUGCGCAUUCUGCCCUUUCUGCUAAAUAUGGGCAGAGUUAAGGUGUGCCUGGAGCCCCACAUUGCUUAGAAGCAUUGGCUGAGUGAAUGCCAAAUGCCAGUUUAUAGUCCAAUGGAGACAAGUUUGCUUAUGUAUAUAUGUAUUUCUAUUUUCAUACAAUUCAAAAAUUAUAUUUAUAGGUAAAGAAAAGAAGUAUCCCCACCACCACCGGCACAGAUAUGUGCAACUUUUCUAGCUGUCUGGAUUGCAGGAAAUCAGUCAAAAGGGCUCGCUGUUAGCUGGAAGUUGUAAUAAAAGAAAGACGCUA